CCUCGGACUGCAGGCUCCAAGAGACGAACAGCAGGAGGAUCCAUCCAUCCAGGGGUACGUCUAGUUAGGCGUCAAGCUCUCGUGUCGACACAAUAGAUAGCUUUAGUUUCGUCCAGGAGAAGCAAGCAAGCAAGCAAACUCUAGCUUCUUCGGGCCGGCCGGCCAGCUGAGGGUUCAAGGAGCUGCAGUGUCUGCAUCGUCGGUCGCUCGCAGGAGAAAAGAAGAGAAUGUUGCGCGAGAGAUGGCAGGGAUGCGUUCUCAUUCUCGUCCUGCUUCUUCUCUCCAACGCAUCAGGCACUUCUCUGGGGGAGAACACGAUCCUCCCUUCGAAUUCUAAGCAGACCAGGCAAGCGCGCGUGUGCGACGGAGCAGACCACCGGCUGCUGCGGUCCCUCGCCAACACCGGCGAAGAGGUCAUGGUCACCAUCCCCAACUCACAUUUGCAGCACAUCGCCGAGUUCCGGGAAGAGGCCCGGCUCUGGGUCGCCACCAACGUGGCGCCGUUCCUCCCGGCAACCAUGAUCACGCACGUCCUGGCGGGAGACGACGCCCUGUCGUCUGUCUCCCCUGGGGACACCGCCUACUCGCUGGUCCCCGCCAUGCGGAACAUCCACGCCGCGCUUGUCGCCGCAGGACUCGACGGCCGCAUCAAGGUGUCCACCACGCUGUCCGCGGUGCCGCUCGCCCCGUCGUGGUCCGCCGGCAUCCCGGGGCGCGUCCUGCGGUUCCUGGGGGAGACCGGCUCGCCCUUGUUCCUCCUCAAGGCUCGCGUGUCCGAGGCCGCUGUAGAUGACGCCAGGGUCAGCGACGUGUAUGCCGCAAUGCUGGCGCUGGGCUUCUCGGGCAUCCCGGUGAUCACCGCUCAGUCAGAGGAGCUCGGUGGCGCGCUGGUGUACCACAGCUACUUGUAUGGCCGUCGUCCCAUGACCGCCGGUGGAGGUGGGAGGCGGUCGCUGGCGACGGGGACGUUCUGCGUGGCGCUCCAGAAUGCGGACCCGACAGCGCUGCAGGCGGGGCUGAGCUGGGCGUGCGGGCAGGGACAGGCCGACUGCUCGGCGGUGCAGCCCGGAGGGGCGUGCUACAAGCAGAACAACGUGGCGGCGCUGGCCUCCUAUGCCUACAAUGACUACUACCAGAAGAGCGCCAGCACCGGCGCCACCUGCUCCUUCAACGGCACCGCCACCACCACCGCCACUGAUCCCAGCUCAGGAUCGUGCGUCUUCGCAGGAAGCACCAUGGCAGGAGACUCCACCUCCAACUCGAGCGUGCCUAGCGCGAGCGCUCCGACGAGCCUCGGCGCCCCUCCGUCAGACGAUCUCACUCCUCCGGUCGGCUCGAGCCCUCCAUCCGAUUUCGGGCCCCCGGCAGCCGACACGGCCCCUCCGACGAGCUUUGACGCUCCCCCAGGUGGCUUCGGACCACCGUCUAGCUUCGGUCCCCCGUCUGUGUUCGGCAGCCCGCCAUCGACGUUCGGCCCGCCCGGGAGCUUAAGCGGGAGCGGGAGCUUCGGGCCGAGCGGCACCCUCGAGCCUUACGGCAUCGGGUGUCGCCACGUCGCCUCUUUGGCUGCCUCCACUCUUCUGUCCGCCAUUGUUCUUGCCGUCCUUUGUGCCUCACCAGAUCUGAUGUAAAUUCUCUGAAUGUGAAUUUGGAUUAGGUAUACAGAGCUAACACUGUCGUUAGCUAUUACUAUUGCAUCUUAUGUUCUUGGUCUUGUAGAUGUCAGAUUCAAUGUUUAGGAACCGUAUGGAUAUAUAUGAUUUGCAGAGUAUUUGGCAUUGCACUUGAGAAUAA